AUGGGGCGACCGCGCGGCGACCCCACACCCCCUCGCGUGGGUGGGGGGGGGGACACUAGCGGCUCGACGCUGGAGCGGUUGGGGGGUGCAGGCGAGGGAGUAGACAAGGGAGGCACGGUGGGGGGUCGGGUUGGGGAGGAGGCGUGGGAGGGCCGGCUAGGCGGCGGCUGGGCGGGCGCGGGGGUGUGGGCCCUGGAGGCAGGCAAGAGCGGCGAGGGCACCUGGCGAAGCCGAAGCACGAGCACGCGCCGGCGCGGCGGCGCGGGUGUCUUUGGGCCUAGACGGAUGAGGGGCACAGCGUCUUCCGGCAGGGAGGGGGCGUGGCAGAGGAGACGGCCCAGCGGGCGCCAGCGGGGAGGCGGAGGCGCACGAGCGACCGAGACAAGCAGGGCGGAGAAGCAGGCGGGCGGGCAUUGCACGUGUCGCAAGGCGCACGCCGUGGCGGAACGGGAGACGUGGCACACAGCUGCAGAGCACGGCUCCGGCGGCACCAAGGGGACGACGAAGAACCACGACGCAAUUCUGGGGCACGACGAGGGCAGCCGGAGAGAGAGGGGCUAUGGCGUGCGACAGACGAUAAGCAGCAGCAGAGCCUCGGAAGAACUGAAGCCGACGGAAUCAGGACAGACAGGGGAGCGGGAGGCGGGCGGCGGGGCCGCCGCCCGAGCUCCUGGGCCGGCCGGGCGAACCCAGACCCCGCGGCAUCGGCGCGGGCUAGCCACCGGAGGCCGCCGUUGGGGGGGCGCCGCAGGCGGCGCCGUCCGCAAGGGACCCGCCGGGACUUCCGGCGUGGCACGACCCGCAGAUUACGAGGCCGGCGAGGAGCAGCAGCAGCGAGACGGCUGA